AUGGGAGAAUCAAAAGACCCCCCACCAACAAUCUACUUCGGCUACGGCUCCAACCUCUGGCUCGCCCAAAUGACCCUCCGCUGCGCAACCUCCACCUACCUCGGAACCGCGCGCCUACGAGGCUACAAAUGGAUCAUCAACGAGCGAGGCUACGCGAAUGUCGUGCAAACAGGCACCCAACCAUCAGCAGCAGCCGAGAGCGCGGAAUUUCACGACUACACCAACGAAGUCUGGGGCCUAGUCUACUCCCUCCUCCCGAACGAUGAAGCCAAAUUAGACGUGAAUGAGGGAGUCCCAGAAGCGUACACGAAGGAGUAUAUCCCCGUCGAUUUCUGGGCGCAGCCGCUUCCCUCCUCCCAGCAGCCGCAGGCCGUUCAGCAUCAGGAAGGUUCGCGGAGUGUACUCCUCCGGCAACCGAAGCAGGUCAGUAUGCUGGUGUAUAUUGAUCGGUUGCGAACGGAGCCUGCGGAGCCGAGGAAGGAGUAUGUUGUGCGGAUGAAUAAGGGGAUUUGUGAUGCUGUUGAGCAGGGCGUGCCGGAGGGGUAUGUGAGGGGGGUUUUGAGGGGGUUUAUUCCUGAGGGGGGUGCGGAGGGGGAAGGGGAGAUUGAGGUGUUGGCUAGGAGGCAGGCGGCGAGGUUUGAGGAUGAGAGUGGGGUUUGUUGA